GCCGCCAAUGAUAAGGAUGCUGCCAAUGAUAAGGAUGCAGACAAUGCUGCCAAUGUUAAUGAUACUGCAAAUGUUAAUGGUGCAGCCAAUGCUGCCAAUGUUAAUGAUACUGCCAAUGUUAAUGGUGCAGCCAAUGCAGCCAAUGUUAAUGAUACUGCAAGUGUUAAUGGUGCAGCCAAUGUCGCCAAUGUUGUCAAUGUUGCCAGUUUUAGUAAGCCCGCCAAUGUUAGUAAUGCUGCCGGCUAUAAUAAUGGUUAUAAUGCAAACGGCAUUAGUUACAAUAUUUUUGCCGAUAUUCAUAAGUAUAGCAAUUAUAACGAGAACAAUGUUACCAGUAUUAGCAAAAUUAGCAAUGUUAGCAAUAUUAUCAACGUUGUCAGAUUUGUCGGGAACCGUCCAAAACGUCAAUCUAAUAAAAAGCAAACCAAUAGACCUGUAAUUCUUAAGCACAGAUCGCAAUUUAGACAUAUACUUCCAAAUUCAUUUGUUAGUGAUAAAGAUAAAAAAGUUAAAGAACCACAACCACAAUUACCAUAUCCACAACUACAACAACCACCAUCACCACAACAACUACCAUCACCACUACCACCACCAUCACCACCACAUCAACAGCAGCAGCAGCAACAACAACAACAACAGCAACAACAGCAACAGCAGCAACAGCAGCAACAACAACAACAACAACAACA